GCGGGGCUCCUGGGCAGGCAGGCAGGCGGGCGGGCAGGAGGGAAGAAAGGAGCGAGCGAGGCGAAGCGGAAGGAGGAGGAAGAAGAAGAAGCAACAGCGGCGGGGAUACCGCCUUGUAGUCGGAGCGACCUGGACCUCCGGUUUGGGGGGAAAGAAAGACCAUAAUGUGGCUUACCUUUCACGUAGAAAGGUGAAUACAGUUUCUUCCAAGAGAUGGCUGACAAGAGUGGAAAGAUUCUUUCAGGUCCAUUAUACAUCGAAGUUGAAUAUGACUAUGAAUACGAAGCAAAAGACAAAAGGAUUGUGAUUAAACAAGGGGAGAGAUACAUUUUAGUGAAAAAGACGAAUGAUGACUGGUGGCAAGUUAAGAGGGAUGAAAACUCAAAGCCAUUCUAUGUGCCAGCACAGUAUGUGAAAGAAGUAACUCGCAAAGCACUAAUGCCACCUAUCAAGCAAUUGGGUGGGCUGCCAAACAGCUCUUUAAAACUUAUGCAUGGGUUACAGAGGUCAACAGAAAAUGUCAAUAAGUCUCCGGAGCUUUCUAGUUUUGGGAAAUCUUCUCCAGUUCAAGUGUCUAGCAUAGUUCGGGAUGCCAAUCAGAAUUUGGGACCAAACGUUAGCCCAGGUCAGAAUUUUGGCCUGAGCUUGGACCUUUCCCAGAAUAAUGGGAAAUUGAAUGAAUUUCAGUUCCCUAAAGUUUCCAAUCAGAACAGAACAUUCUCUGUGUCCCAUUUUUCUUGUUCUGAAUGUGUGGAGAUAGAAAAGACCAGCUUUUCGCAAGAACAGUCCUGUGAUUCUGCAGGAGAAGGCUCAGAGAAAAUCCACCAGGAUUCAGAAUCUGGAGAUGAACUCAGUAGCAGUUCCACAGAACAAGUACAGCCAAUCACACCACCAAGCCAAGGAAGGCCAGAUUCACCAGUUUAUGCUAAUUUACAAGAACUGAAAAUAUCUCAGUCUGCACUCCCACCUUUACCUACAAGCCCUCCAAUCCAAAUUAAUGGGGAAUGGGAGACCCACAAAGAUACUACAGGACGCUGUUACUAUUACAACAAAGGAACACAAGAGAGAACCUGGAAACCCCCACGUUUCACUCGGGAUCCAAGCAUAAGUAAAGCAGACUCUGUGAAUCAAGUAGAUCAAGAGACUCUUUCAUCACAAGAAAACUCCUACAGUUCUUGUAACAGCCAGUCAGAUAGUCAGUAUGGUUCUCCUCCCAAAGGGUGGUCAGAAGAGUUGGAUGAACAUGGCCAAACGCUAUAUACCAGUGACUAUACUAAGGAAAAGUGGAUAAAGCAUGUUGAUGAACAAGGUCGGCCAUACUACUACAAUGCAGAUGGAUCCCGGUCAGAAUGGGCACUGCCAAAAUUUAAUGCUUCACCACAGCAGCAAAGGGAGAUAAUUAAAAGCAGGAGUCUGGACAGGAGGCUACAGGAACCAAUAGUUUUAACAAAAUGGAGGCACAGCUCAAUUGUGUUGGACACUAAUGACAAGUUGCCAACUAAUUCUUCUGAACCUCUCUUGCCUAAUCCUGCAUAUUUGUUCCCAACACACCAUGAGCAAGAUUCUCCGGUUGCUUCAAAGACCGCUUUUCCUGAGAAUGAGUAUUCUCCUUCCUCACCAAAGCAUCAAGCCACAGACCAAGAAAAGUAUGGAUUAUUAAAUGUGACAAAGAUUACAGAAAAUGGGAAAAAAGUUCGAAAAAACUGGAUGUCCUCAUGGGCUGUAUUGCAAGGUCCCUCGUUAUUGUUUACCAAGACUCAAGGAGGUGGGACUAGCUGGAAGUUUGGGGUCAACCAAUCCAAGCCGGAGUUCACAGUGGAUCUCAGGGGUGCAUUUGUUGACUGGGCUUCUAAGGAGAAAUCGAGCAAGAAGAAUGUGAUUGAGCUGAAAACACGGCAAGGAACUGAAUUAUUAAUCCAGUCGGAUAAUGACAUUUCUGUAAAUGAAUGGUUUAAAGUUCUUAAUUUUGCUAUCAGUAACCAGACAGUAGAGUCUGAUGAGCCAUUCGAUGAUGAGGUGCCAGAUUCUCCUGGGGUGGAAAAACAGGACAAAGAAAAGGACCAUAAAGACUCCAAAAAACUUCGUUCAAUAAAAUUAUCUGGCAGCAUUGAUGCUUCAGAACAGAAAAAGACCAAAACGAAACUGAAGAAAUUUUUAACCCGCAGACCCACAUUGCAAGCUGUCCGUGAAAAAGGCUAUAUCAAGGAUCAAGUGUUUGGCUGCAAUCUAAACAGCUUGUGUCAAAGAGAGAACAGCACUGUGCCAAAAUUUGUGAAACUGUGUAUUGAAUAUGUUGAAGAACAUGGAUUGGAUGUUGACGGGCUGUAUAGAGUUAGUGGCAAUCUUGCAGUAAUACAGAAGUUGAGAUUUGCUGUUAAUCAUGAUGAAAAACUGGAUUUGAACGACAGUAAAUGGGAAGAUAUCCAUGUGAUUACAGGAGCUCUGAAAAUGUUUUUUAGAGAACUGCCAGAACCACUAUUCACUUACACUCAUUUCAAUGACUUUGUUAAUGCAAUCAAACAAGAGCCUAGACAGCGUGUUCAUGCUGUAAAAGAGCUGAUUAAACAGUUGCCAAAGCCAAAUCAAGAUACCAUGCAGGUGCUCUUCAAACAUCUCAAGAGAAUUGUAGAAAAUGGAGAGAAGAACCGAAUGACCUAUCAAAGCAUAGCCAUAGUCUUUGGACCAACCCUGUUGAAGCCAGAGAAAGAGACUGGCAACAUAGCCAUUCACACAGUGUAUCAGAACCAGAUUGUAGAAUUAAUCCUACUGGAAUUGAACUCCAUCUUUGGACGCUGAAUUUCUCCGGUGAAACUGGCCUUAGUAGGAGAACUUGGUUUCGGCAGAAACUGCACCUCUUUUGUACAUUUAUGCAUUUGUGGACCAAGCAGCAACUUGAUGUUUUUUGCACUUUUGUGGGAGAGGGAAGAGUGUGUGAUUUGUUUUACCUGGGCUUUUGUGGAACUAUUAAAACUUAUUUACAGUUCACUUAAUGUUGUGAAUGUUUCAAGGUUUAAACUGCGUAACUAGUACACACUGGAUUCCACGGGGAGAGAAGCUAAGCCUCGAUCUCAAACUGGAUAACCUGGAAUAGUGUUUUAAUAUUGAUUUUUAAUUUUAGGUUCACCACUUUGUUUUGGGGAAUAUAACCCCCAUAAACUGACUUUGAAAACCUCCAUGGGCAUUUUUAGUGAAUAAUUACAUUAUAUGCUUACGUGUUAAACCUUAAGAUCAUUCCUGUAUCUUGUCCACAGGGUUUCUGCAUUACUAUUUGACAGGCUUAAACAAAUGCUAACAGUGGCCAGUGUAAAUUCCUCACGUGAGGUUUGCUUUUUUAUUGUUUGAACUUUGCACAUAUUCUUGCUGGCUCUCUUGAAUGCACACUAGUAUUACUUCACACACUGAACUGGUACACGUAUCCUGCAGAGGAUAUGCCAUGGUCUGUGAUGAACCAGAGCUUUCAACUAAUAAAGUUCAUUUUUUCAGGAUAUGUUUUGGGCUACACUUUACCUAAAUAGUACCUUACAAUCCUAACUGAAGGUUGAUUUCCACACUGUACUGAAUUAUUGUCAUGAACCUGUAAUAGUGAAAUUGGAUGUAAAUACAGAAUUAAUUCCUAACAGUGUUUUUUUUUCUUUUUGAAAAAUAUCUAUAUACACUGUUGCAUAUAGUUUCAGAGUACCUCCUUGUCCUACAUUUCUAAUAAUGUGUAGCUAAGUAACUGGUAUUGUGAUGCCUCGAAUGGAUGUCUGAGUUUCCACAGAGAAAUGGGCUACUUGUGCACUUUUAAAUGCUAAUUACAUCUGCAUGCAAAUAAUUGUAAUGCAAACGGUACUGGAAAAAUACUGAGUGUGCUUGCUUACAUGGUUAAUGCACUACAAGCAGAGCCUCUGAUUUAUUUAAUAUGUACAGGAGCUACAUUAGAGAAAUGUAUGACAAAUUCUAACAUCUAUAAAUAGCAGAAGCCUAUGCUUGAAUAGAUGGAUGUUCGGAUAUAAUGAAAAUGCUAAAUUUCAGGAUUCCUUUUUACAUUAAUAAUGUAGAUUGAUUUGUAAAAUAGGUUUCAGAUUUUGUUACAGGAGAUGUGGUCUGCUGAAGAUUUUUUUAAAAUGUAUUUUUCUAGACUAACCGCUGUAUCUGACAUUUGCUAUGUGGGAUCUGAAUAAAGAAAAUUGUUAGCUGUUUUGGAA